CUUUGGUACAAUUUUUUAUUCCCGGGCCCGCUCCCCCACAGUCUAAGGUAAGGGUAAGGGUCCCACUGAGUGUAGUUUCCGCUUUACCCCUUCUUCACUUCGGCUUUUCCCUCGUUUUUCCCACCUUCUUUUCCUAUUAAUAUUGAUCAUGGUGUAAAAUAGUCCUUGCGUUCUUCCCUCCUGUCAAUUAUCUCUCCUCUCUUUUUGUUUUAGCCAGUCAUUCUUUGAUACCCUCAUUUUGACCGUGUCACUUCCGAAUCAGAGGGACACACAUCGCUCCUUUACGUUCUUUUGGCUUUGUACUCUACGAAGUAUCACCUGUAUAUGCUUGUUUUCAUUAGCGUCGUACUAUCAUUGUGAAUUGGGCACCCGCAAUCACGCAAUAUGGCCCGUGGAUUCCUCGCUGUCUUCAGCACCCUGCUGCUGUCUAUGGGGGCGCUUGCCGAAGAUACUUGGCCGUAUAUGACUCUACAGACGGCUGACUUCACGCCUCCUCAGCUCGAGGUGAAAAAGACUGGAACUACUGACCCAGGCUACAUCUUCAUUGGGCCUCGGGGUAACCAGCCGAAUGGCACUGCGGCCCUCAUCUACGAUGAGGACGGCAACCUUGUAUAUCAAGGCCCUACCGAGGUGUCGGCCAACUUCAAGGUGCAAAACUUGUAUAACAAAGAUGUCAUCACCUUCUGGGCUGGUAACAUGAUGGAGCUUGGCUUUGGCUACGGCACUGUCCACAUUCUCGAUGACACUUAUGAGGAGAUCUACACUGUCACCCUUCCAGGGAACUUCAUCUCCCCUGAUGGCGUUGUAAGAGACUCUUAUAUUGAUCUCCACGAGAGCCACGUAACCAGUCGCAACACUCUGUUGGUGACCGCUUACAACAUCACUCAAUUUGAUCUGACCCCCAUUGGAGGUAAAACGGAUGACUAUAUGCUGGAUGGCAUGUUUUUCGAGAUCGAUAUCGCAACCAACAACAUCGUGUAUCAAUGGAGUGCCCUUGAACAUAUACAAGAUCUCCCCCUGGAACAGUCCAAGCAAGGUCUGGGUGACGACUAUGGCACCCAAGAAAAGCCAUGGGAUGCGUAUCACAUCAAUUCGGUGGAGCUUGUAGAUGGAGGAUGGAUUAUCUCUCUGCGUCACUACUGGUCCGGCUACUUCAUCGCCGAGAACGGCACUAUCAUGUGGCAACUGAGUGGUGAGAAGGGUGUUGGGGACUUUGAAAUCGACGAUGGUGCCGUCUUCUCGUGGCAGCACGACAUGCGCGUCUACAACCAGACGAAUGAGGGCAUGGUUCUGGACCUGUUUAACAAUGCCAACACACCGACGGAAACGGUUGCUCCCACCACUGGUCUGAGCCUGUCAUUAGACCUGGUUAACCGGAAGGUCACUACGCUGCGGACCAUGAACGAUGGUGAUGAUGUCAUCCACAGUGUCAGCCAGGGAAGCUACCAGCUGAUGAGUGAGGAAACAAGCCACGUCUUCAUAGGUUACGGUUCUAUCUCGAAGGUAAAGGAAUUCGACGCCAACAAUAAUGCGGUUCUCACCGCCCAAUUUGGGGACGACAAUGCCGUUGCGUCCUACCGUGGCUACAAGUGCCAGUGGAAGGCAACACCUUUCUGGAAACCCGCCGUCGUGGUGGAGCGGCACUCAACUUCUGCCACUGUCCAUAUGAGCUGGAAUGGAGCCACUGAGUAUGACAACUGGGCCAUCUACACGGCUAGCUCUCCUGAGUCUACCGACCAUACCUUCAUUACAUCUGCCAAACGGACAGGCUUCGAGACCGCUGUAGAUGUAAACAACUUGAGGAGUCCUUAUUUCCAGGUAGUUGCUCGGAAGGGUAACGUUCCACUCAGCAGCAUUAUUGUCCCUGUUGCUUAAAAUCCUCCGUGUCAAGUGUCGAAGACAUGCUACAUGUCUAGUCGUGGUGCGAACCUAGGUUUGUGUCACGGACGUCGCCAGCCGUGUGCAUCUUGUUGGAGAUCAUGCCACACUUUUCCUUGUAAAUCGUUGAUUUGUUGUGUUCUUGUAUAUACUUGCCAUUGACUAUACAUGUAAAUACUAUCCGCUGUUCAGG